UCUUAUGCACUUGGUGUUGCGCCACACCAUGACGCUUCCUACUGAUUCGGAACCACCACCACCUUCUCCUCCUCCACCGGAUUCCGCCACCGACACCGCCACCGCCACAGCAAACGGAGCAACCACCACCACCACCACCACGACCUCCUCCUCAUCUUCCGAAAAUCCACCGGAUUCCCUGCCUACACCGCCGCAAGAGCUCCAAUUCCCAAUUUCAUGGCCGCAAGACGGAACCUUGAGCCUCGAAUGGAUCCACAAUCUGAUGCAGUGCUUCGAUUGGUCUUCGAGGAACUUUCCUCCUUCCGAGUUCCCUUCCGUUCUUCCCGUUCAGGUAUUCGACUCUCUCAUCCUCGUUGCUUCCAAGAUGCUCCAUAAGGAACCCAAUUGCGUCACCGUUGAUCCGUUUCGCCCUAAUUCCGGCACGACGGCGUCGGUGGUGGUCGUUGGUGACGUUCACGGGCAGCUGCAUGAUCUGCUUUUUCUCCUCAAAGACGCAGGUUACCCUUCCGAUGAUAGAAUCUUCGUCUUCAAUGGUGAUUACGUUGAUCGUGGAGCUUGGGGGCUCGAAACUUUCGUGCUCUUGUUAGCUUGGAAGGUGUUUAUGCCUCAUAAUGUAUAUCUGCUACGUGGGAAUCACGAAUCAAAAUACUGCACAUCGGUCUAUGGUUAUGAGAAGGAAGUGAUGGCAAAGUAUGGUGAUAAAGGUAAGCAUGUGUAUCGCAAAUGCUUGGGAUGCUUUGAGGGUCUUCCUUUGGCUUCCAUUGUAGCAGGGUGUGUAUUCACAGCUCAUGGAGGACUCUUCCGCAGUGUAACAGUGACGCCAUCAAAGAGAUUAAAAGGGAAGAAGAACAGAAAGAUUCUUCUUAAUCAUGAUAACAAAACUCUAACUCUUGGUUCCUUGGAAGAAUUGUCUAAGGCCCGACGGUCAGUUCUUGAUCCUCCUUGGGAAGGCCCAAACUUGAUUCCUGGUGAUGUUUUGUGGUCUGAUCCAUCGAAAAAUCCUGGUCUUGCCCCGAACAAAGAAAGAGGCAUUGGCUUGUUGUGGGGUCCCGAUUGUACUGAAGAAUUUUUGAAGAAGUAUCAAUUAAAGCUGGUCAUCAGGUCUCAUGAAGGUCCUGAUGCUAGGGAAAAGAGGGAUGGUUUAGAUAGAAUGUCUGAAGGUUACACCAUUGAUCAUGUUGUGGAUUCUGGAAAACUGAUCACCCUCUUUAGUGCUCCAGAUUACCCGCAAUUUCAGGCAACAGAGGAGAGGUAUAACAACAAAGGAGCCUAUGUUGUUCUUGAACCCCCAAAUUUUGACAAUGCCAUAUUUCAUGGAUUUACAGCAGUUACUCCAAGGCCAAAGGUGAAUGCCUAUUAUAAUUUUGAAGAGGUGAUAGAUUCUGACGAAGAAUUGGACUUGGAGUCCAUGGUGACUUCUUGAGUUAAGGCAUUUUUUUGAGGAAGAAAGAGUGGAUUUGUAAAAUUGUAUCAAAGCUUUUUGUUGUUGUUAUUGUUUUUGAAACUCUUUUUAUCGUUAAACUAUAGUUAUUUAUAGUGUUUCCCGUUA